AUGGGCCUGCCACAACAAAGCAACGCUCCUACCUCAACGACACAACAACCGCCCUCCAAAGCCAUCUCCGCCUCCCAGCUCCCACCCGAAGCCCUCGACCUCGCAACAAAACUCUUCGACUUCGCACGCACAGGUCAAACUUCAGCACUCGACCAAUACAUCUCCGCCGGCAUCCCCGUAAACCUCACAAACCACAAAGGCGACACACUUCUCAUGCUCGCAGCAUACCACGGCCACCUUGAGACGUGCAAAUUACUUGUAGAAAAGGGUGCAGAUCUAGAUAUUUUGAAUGAUCGGGGUCAGAGUAUUGUCGCUGGGGCUGUGUUUAAAGGGUAUGAAGAGAUUGUGAAAUUGCUGGCGGAGAGGGGUGCGGAUCUUGCGGCGGGGCAACCGAAUGCUGUUGAGGCUGCGAGGAUGUUUAAUCGGAGGGAGAUGUUGGGGUUGUUUGGAGUUGAGGAGUGA